AUGUCCGCAGACGCCACCACCCCUUCUGGGUUUUCCGCCAAGCUAGACAAAAAGCGCAAGAGGCAGGCUGACGGGCCCUCUCAGCAGAGCAAACCUGCGUCCACGGAGAAUAACGACGGGCCAAGCAAGAAGAAACAGAAGAACAUCAAGAACAAGAAUAGCAAAGAUGAUAAGGCAGGCAAGAAUGAUAGCAAUGGCAAGAAAGACAAGAAAGACAAGAAAGACAAGAAAGACAAGAAGCCGAAGCAUGAGAAACCCAAGAACGAUUCCAAAGAAACAGAGGUGAAAGGCGGAAUCGACGAAGCUAUUGGAAAGAUGGAUGGACGAUUACUAGCUGACCAUUUUGUGCAAAAAGCCAAACGACAUAACAAGGAACUUACUGCUGUUGAGUUGAGCGAUCUUAGCGUCCCGGACUCUGCAUUCCUCGAUACGUCUUCUUUUCAAGCCUCCAGGCAGCUGGAUCAACUUCCCGCGUUCCUCAAGGCUUUUAACCCCAAUAAAGGCUCGGAUCUUUCCAAGGCAUCGGAGGGAAAGGGAACACCACAUACUCUGGUAGUCUCUUCUGCUGGCCUCCGAGCAGCGGAUGUAGUACGAGCUCUCCGGACGUUCCAAACGAAAGAAUCACCCAUCGGCAAACUGUUUGCUAAGCAUAUCAAACUUGAAGAAGCGAAGCAGUUUCUCCAGCGCGCAAGAGUGGCCAUUGGAGCCGGCACACCGGCUCGGAUCUCCGAUUUGAUUGACUCUGGAUCUCUAAAAUUGGACGAAUUACAAAGUGUCGUAAUUGAUGGAUCUUACGUUGACCAAAAGCAGCGGGGAAUCUUCGAUAUGAAAGACACCCAUCUUCCUUUGUUACAGCUGCUGACGCGGCCUGAAUUUCGGGAGAGUCUGGGAUUCGAGACUUACGAAACGAUCGAUACAAUGGGAGACAAGAAGCGCAAGCUCGUUCAGAAUAGCGCCGAGGAGACGGUCGCUGUUGAGCCUGAGGGAAAGAAGGCUAAGCGGGAGGACAAGAAGAAGGAGAAGCGCAAGGCUAAGGAGGUUGUUGAUGAGAUAGAGGGGGGAAGCCAAGCUGAGGAGACGCCGAAGGAGAAGAAGGACAAGAAAGAAAAGAAGGAAAAGAAAGACAAGAAAGAAAAAAAGGAAAUGAAGGACAAGAAGGACAAGGAGGAAAAGAAAGACAAAAAGGAUAAAAAGGAGAAGAAAGAGAAGAAAGAUAAACGCGAAGAUGACGAAAUCGAGACCAUGAACAACACCUCGAAGCAAGAAAGCUUCGACGCUAUGGACGUGGAUGAGAAACCUUCCAAGGAAACCGAAAAGCCAUCACCAGAGACCGAGAAGGGCUCCAAGAAAGAUAAGAAAUCCAAGAAGGAGAAAAAAUAUAAGACAUCCGCGAUCGAAAACAAGGAGCAACAACAAGAAGCUGGUCAAUCGCAACGAACAGAGGACGAACCCACAGGGAAGCAAAAACCAAACAGGUUCAUUGUUUUCGUUGGCAACCUCCCGUACUCGGCUAAUGCAGAGUCACUGAAAACCCAUUUCGAAAAGAACCCUCCUGUCUCUGUGCGCGUGGCUACAGAGAAAGAUAAGCCUACCAAAUGUCGUGGUUUCGGCUUCGUGGAGUUCGAGCACUACGACCGCAUGAAGACCUGUCUGAAACUGUAUCACCAUUCAAUAUUCGAUGAUGGGAAAUAUCCUCCUCGAAGAAUCAACGUUGAACUAACUGCCGGUGGUGGAGGGAAGUCCGAUCACCGUAAGUCGAAAAUCGAGGCCAAAAACAAGAAGCUUGCCGAGGAGAGGCAGAAUGCCGCCCAGAAGGAAAAGGAGCGGAAAGUACAAGUUGAAGAGAACGGUGCCGAUGAUUAUGCGGGUGUGCACCCGAGUCGCAGGAACCGAAUGGCUUAG